ACUUUGUCUUUUGCAUUUUCUUUGUUUUGUUGUGGCCUCGACGCCCGCUCAUAUCCCGUUUUCAGCCCACAAUCCGCCACAACUGUCUCGCUGAAUUGACAGAACAACCAAAAGACUUACCUGCAAACACCUCUCGUAGCGCCAUUUCUAGCGCCGUUUUACCUCUAUCCGACCGUCAUCCGCAGCCUCCCCAAAUCAGAUAAUGCGAUGAAACUUUAGCGUUCGGGUUUUAACAAAAAUCGCACUUCAUUCCCCAUAACAACUGAACAAUCCAUCAAUCAACUCGAAUUCCCCGUUCCACUCCAUCCAAGUGGUAGACACGAAAGAUGAUCCCACUAGGCUCCCCUCGUCGCUCACACAUCCUUCUCGCUGCCCUUCUCUCACUUGUUCUUGUACUCUUCCUUCACACUCACCAUCAUCCGCAAUCACAUUUUCUUUCAGGCCCAAUCUCCAAAUUAAAGGUCCAGUUCGGCCUCUACAGCUCAUCGGAUGGUUUGGAGACGAAGGAUAAAGGAAUACGGAAAAGGAUAGAUAAAAUAAGAGGGUACUGUGAAGCGGAGGAUGCGUUUGAGCGAGAAUAUGGAAGAACGAAUUUGCGACUUAGCAGAGCGUAUGAGGGCUCUCAUGAGAGAAUGCGCCUAUUGCUUCAAAAGAUCAUGCGAGGCGAGCCGCUCACCAUCUCUGCCAUUGGCGGUAGUGUGACAAAAGGCCAUCAGGUGUGGCAAAAUGAGAUUUGGUUCCACAAGUUCUGGGAAUGGUUGACGGAAUUUGCAGGGGAAGGCGUAGAGAUCAAGCAAGUCAAUGGUGCCGCCCCAGCCACCGGUUCCGACUACUUUUCCUUUUGCUUCCCUCUCCACAUCCCCUCUGACUCUGAUUUGGUGCUUGUCGAACUGGCAGUGAACGAUGAGGGUAUCCCGGAACACGUGGAGAAUAUGGAAAACCUCCUUCGCGGAUUGUUGGAUCUUCCUAAUAAGCCGGCGGUGAUGCUCAUUGAGGCUAUGGCGUUUAGCAAUGGUGGGAUGGGUGGUGGAGGUGGAAGGAUGCACCUCCCCGUCGCUCAGUACUACGAUGUCCCUGUGAUCAACCAAAGGCUUCCGCUCGUAAACCAUUUUGCCAGGCAUCCUCAACUCGUUGGACCUUACUUUGCCCAGGACUGGUGGGGAAACCCCGACACCCGGCAUAUUAAUUCUCACGGACAUCGCGAUCUCGGCAUGCUCGUCGCAAGCUUUGUCAAAGACGUUGCAUGUGAAAUGAUUUCUCAACCUACUUUCCAUGUCCAGUCUCCAUCUGCAUUCGAAGCUCUCUCCAUUGUCGCUCUCGCACAACCACCUCAAACUGAGGACAAGGAAGAUGCCAAAAUCGAGGAUGAGCUACUAGCCGCAGAACAAAAAUGGUGGCCCGAGCAAUCCCGUAGCUGGAGGAAAGACCCUACCGAAGAGAAACCUGUCGGCGAACUCAUGCCCGGUCUCUGGUCCACCCCUAUCGAAUACGGUAUACUCCCCCGCCUCCGCGUCUUGGAAGGAUGGAAUCCCCAUCUCGAUUACUCUGUCCCUCCCUUCCACCCUACCUGUCUCUCAACGCGCGCUAAAGAACCGCAUUUCAAUCUUACUCCAUCGGCCAACGAAGGGUGGGAAUAUUGGGUCCAUCCAGAGCAUUUGGAUAAGCCAUAUCUUGUUGCGAGGACGCCGGGUGCGAGGGUCACUUUUGAGUUGGAGACAAGUGUGGGGAUCGUCAAGAUGUAUGCGUUGAAGAGCAAGACGUUUGGGUUGGGUACGGUAGAAUGUUGGGCGGAUGAAGAGAGAAGGAAGAGUGUAAAAAUUGAAGGCUAUUGGGACAAUGGGAAUGUGAAUAUUGGGCGAUUCGCCCCUAUAAGAGAUAACCUGCAACCAGGAAAACAUACCAUCACUUGCGAACUGUUGGAAGAAACAUCUGACCCGGGUGGUGGACGCGAGUUUAGGAUGAUAUCGAUGAUGAGCGUGUAAGGGAUUAGCGUGCAAGGGGAAGUGGGAUGUAGCGAUCAAAGGGAUUUCGGGCUUUUCUGGUGUUCUUUUUGUGACAUGUCCGUUUUGAUUAUGCAUAGCAAAU